GAAGUUAGACUUGCAGCUGACAGAGAUAGACAAGAGAGAGGAGGGCGAGAUAGCAAGUCAGCUUUAAGAUCCUGUUUCUGCGGCCUUUCAGCGCUGAGUGGACUGUACCUGGGAUGUGUGGCCUGGUGAGCUGGGGUUUGACAUUCUGUUAGCUCAGUGUUUAAUAUGGUCAUGUGAAAAAGAAAGAGAACAAAAAAAGAAGAGAAACUUCAUUUUUGCUGCUCUCACUGUCAAUCGGCGUCAUAUCAAAGUGCUUGAUGGCUGUUACACAGGCUGUGCUCCCUUCCUUCAGCUCCUUCUCCAACCUCGCUCACUCCAGUGACAAUAUGAAAGUAAGUAUCGGGUUCACUUCAGUCCUUUCAUUCCUACACAGUGACAGAAACAACAAACUUGAUAUAAAUAGUUAUUUGUGUUACUGUAAGAGUGGACAGCUGGAACCAAAGCAAUACAUGAUAUUCCAUAUCUGAGAAUAUCAUAAAAGUUAUGUAACCCUUUGCCUUGAAUAAUCUAUAUUAUUGUGAUGAUUACUUGUAAAUGAGUCUUCACAAAUGUGCACUACAAUGCUGAACUUGUGAAAUGUCCCACUUUAAAUUUCAAACUUUUACAUCACACCUGCUGAAAGCAUUAGUCUUGUAUAUCUUCCUUACCUCCUUUGCUUUAAUGGGAUAGGAAUAGGCUUGCACAUCUAGUAUUUCUUAUGCAGGUGCAUCAAAGAGUAGAGUUAUGAGAAGUCAUACACUUUUGGUUGUUGUUUGGGAGGGAUUUGGUCAAAUCUUGCUCAUUCCUAUAGAAGUUUAAUGCACUUAUUGUAAGCUGCUUUGGACGAAACCAGUUUUUUCAAGUCUAUCUCUCAUGCCCAUAUGUACAGUGACACUGUACAAUACAGUGAGUUAUUGGUUGCUGUAAUUGCUCCUGCGCUCCAUGGCUGCAAAGAAAUUCCUUCCUAAUACAAAAAAUAGACAAAAUCCACAGCCCUUUUUCUGUGCAAAAAAUCACUUUAAAAGUUCUGUUGAGUUAGACAAAUCAAUCUUUUAAAUCUUGAGUCUUUUUUGUACAAAAUUCCCUCUCAGAAAGUUUCCUUUCUGAGCCAUGGUGGAGGGAACAUAAAGUUUUGUACUAAAUUUGGAAGAUACUCACUUGAUUUGAUUAGCUCAGACUGCUUAAUUCACACAGUAGCUUCAGAUGAACUUUAGAAUAUAUUUUUACACUAAUCAAGGACUGUGGAUUUUGUCCCCCAUCACUUACAUUGGACGUGUAUUAGUGAAUGAAUUCAGUCAGGAUACUCAAUGCACCUGUGUCAGCUGUGCCUACUUUCAGGGAGUGUGCUCUUGUGCUCCCCAAUCCAGCAGUCAUGUGACCUUCACCUCCAACAGUACAUAUAGACAUGUGUGGAAGUCUGAGAGUGGCUCUCUCCCUCUGGACUCUCUAAGCAACAAACUCUCACCAAGCAGCUCUGAGCAGCUGCAGGUCUCUCAAAAAAUGACAGAGGAGCUCCUGGACGAUGAUAGUCAGGCCUCCUGGGAUAUUGAGUUCCUGCUGUCUGACUGGAGCAGCCAAUCGCCUGACCUCAACCCCUCUCUGGACAACAAUGAUCAACGGCUCCCACAGCUGGACACAAACAGAGCGUACCAAGAGGCGGCCAUGUUUAAGGACCAACCGGGGCAGGAGCACCUGCAGAUGAACAGUUGCAGCCUCAUGGCGGAUCUCUUGUCCCCUGCUGAAACCACAACGCCGGUCCAGCAAGAGCUGUACCACCAUGAUUAUAUUGAUGACCAAACAGGUCUGACUUCAUAUCCCAGUCUACCUAAUGUAGAUCAGUUUGGCUUUCCCCAAGAAGGCAGUGUGGAGAGGCACAACAGAGGAAACCUCAGUAAAGUCUCAUCAUGUGACUUUAACCCUUACUAUCCCCUGCAUCACCCCUCCAUGGUGACCUUCCCCGACAGCAGGUUCAUACCACCCCAAGCUGUGGCCCCUGACCCUCGACACUACAGCUACAUGCCACACUAUAACCACAAUGGCAACCUAUUCUGUGACUACACCCACAGCCAGGCCGCUGGUCACCUGCCCCUUCACCAGCAGCCCCUACUCGGCGGACCACAGCUGCCCCCUGGUGGGGUGGAGGGGAAGCGUGGUCGAAGGCCUACAGGGAAAAAGAGGCCCGCUAUCCACAGUUGUGAAUACCCUGGCUGCAGCAAGACCUACACUAAGAGCUCACACCUAAAAGCUCACCUCCGCACGCACACAGGGGAAAAGCCUUACCACUGUUCAUGGGAGGGCUGCAGCUGGAAAUUUGCCCGCUCAGAUGAGCUGACGCGCCACUACCGCAAGCACACGGGCCAAAAACCCUACGAGUGUCUGCUGUGUCAGAGGGCCUUCUCCCGCUCUGACCACCUUGCUCUGCACAUGAAGAGACACACCUGAUGCUCUUAAUUACCUCUUAAUUCCACCUAAACAAAAAUUUUAAAAGGUAGAACACUUAUGAUGACUUGGAUAUUCUUUGAAGUUUGAAUUGACUGAACAGAUACAUUUGGGACCUCAGGUAUUAGCUGAACAUGUUCACAGUAUUAACUUUAAAUCUGUACUGGGUUUUCUGGCUGGUUAACAAUACAGGCUCACAUGUAAACAUGAAAUUAUCUUUUUUUUGUAUUAUUAAAACGUUAUUAAUGAUUGACUUAACCGAUGACAUUUAAAAGAGUACUCCACCAUCGUUGCAUGGCGCCUACAGUACCCACAAUGCAGUUCUGUUGGACAUUUAUAUGUGUUAUGGAGCAAUGUUUGGUUAGCUCACUUCUUUCUAACACCACACCCCUAAUAUGUUUUAAAAUGUUUAAACUUGUACUCUUCAGCUCCAAACAACACUGAUUCAUUGACAUCACUUAAGGCAAUUUGUCAAUUCUCACCUUAAAGUCCCUCCCAAACAAAGACCUAAACCCAAAAAACAAGAUUUUGUCCUUACUCAACCUACUGAAGAAUUGAUGAUCGGCCAAAAUGUCCUCACUCUGAUGUCUAAAAAUCUGACUGGUACUUUUAAAGUACUUUGUGAGAACCAGCACAAGAACACGCUCAUAAUGUAAAGCUAGCACGCUUUCAGCAAUAAGGGCCACUUACACUAACACUGUACACACUGUGGGCAUGUAUGACAGCAAACAUUAACACUAACAGAAGACCAAAAAAUGUGUGUGAUAUGGGUUAUAAUAUAAUACACUAUAGUAUAUCCUAUAGGAUCUCAUGGCAUGCUGAACAAACGCUGAACAAUGCUUGGCUGUAUUACUGCUGAGAUGGUCUGAUAUCUUUGUCUGAUUUCCGUUAGAACUUUAGUUAAUUACAAUAUCGAUUGUAAAAAAACAAACAAAUGAUAAGGUAUACGAUAAACUAUGUUGUUAUACAGUGAAUUCAGGGUUAUGUAUAUUUGUCACAUAACUUUAUGUUUGUCUGUUUGGGGGAAUUUUAAUUUAAGAAAAAAAACAUAUAUGCUUUUAUCUCUCUCAUCAAGCAGAAUUUAAAACUGUAAAUAAUCUGCAGCUUUAUUAGUUGUUUAUAACCAUUUAAAAAUGAGCAACAUAUUUAUUAACAUAAUGUUUUAUAUCAACAGAAGAAACUAUAUUAUUAUACAAUGUUUUUUUAUUCUCAAAAGAGUGCUUUAAAGUCUUAAUUAUUGUUUUCAUUGUCAUAA